AUGGAGGCUGCGGCCGGGGGCGCUGAGCCCGCUGGCGGCUGCGCGGGGGCCCCGGAGGAGCCCGUGGUCUCCCUGGCUGACGUGCUGGCGGAGAACGAGGAGCUCGAGAAGGAGGCGCGGGCGGUGCUGGGUGGGAGCGAUCACGAGCGCUGCAGCUACUCCCAGGGUGCUGUAAAAAGACAAGCCUUGUAUGCCUGCAGUACUUGCACCCCACCAGGAGAAGAACCAGCAGGAAUCUGUUUAGCCUGCAGUUAUGAAUGUCAUGGCACGCACAAGUUAUUUGAACUAUAUACAAAAAGAAACUUCCGCUGUGACUGUGGAAACAGCAAAUUCAAAAAUUUGCAGUGCAAGCUAUUUCCAGAAAAGGGAAAAGUGAAUUCAGGCAAUAAGUAUAAUCACAACUUCUAUGGAUUAUACUGUGUUUGUAAAAGACCGUAUCCUGAUCCUGAAGAUGAGAUCCCAGAUGAAAUGAUCCAAUGCAUAGUUUGUGAAGACUGGUUCCAUGGAAGGCACCUUGGGGCAGUUCCCCCUGAGAGCGGGGACUUCCAUGAGAUGGUAUGCCAGGCCUGCAUGAAUUGCUGUGCUUUCCUUUGGGCGUAUACUUCACAGUUAGCAGUUCCUACUGUGACCAAAGUGACCUCACUUGACGAUGAAAGGAUUGUGCUGAAUGUCAAAGAAACUGAAGAACAGAACAGAGAAAUCAAAAAGGAAAGUGGAGGAGAUCACCAAGGGAAGAUCAAGGAGGAAGAGCAAGUAGAGCAGUAUAAUGAGCCAUCUACUAGUUCUGGCUCUAAAUGUCCAGAGACAGUUACAAAAAGCGAUGAACCGGUGUGUAAGCUGCGAGAACUCCAGACCAAGCAGUCUCUGAAGAAGGAUACUGCCACCUUUUGGCCAUCUAACUGGCGGAGUAAAUUGUGCACAUGCAAAGACUGUUUAAAAAUGUAUUCAGAACUGGAUGUCCAAUUCCUGAUUGAUGAAUGUGACACUGUCUUGGCCUAUGAGAAUAAAGGUACAAGUGACCAGGAAACAGACAGAAGAGAUCCUUUAAUGGACACGCUUAAUAGCAUGAACAGAGUCCAGCAAGUAGAACUCAUCUGUGAAUACAACGACCUAAAGACAGAACUGACUGACUAUCUCAGGCGAUUUGCAGAUGAAGGAACAGUUGUUAAAAGAGAGGACAUUCAGCAAUUCUUUGAAGAAUUUCAGUCACGCAAGAGAAGACGGACAAAUAGGAUGCAGUACUACUGCAGUUAGACUGAAAAGGCUUUGACUCAUAAGGACAAAUGGAAAAUCCAAUCCAUCCUUCAGUAAAUAGAAGCUAAUAUUUGACCUCUUUCCCUAAAUCCUGCUUUCCAAGAGGCCUCCUCCAACUCUGCUCAUUCACUCUGUUCCAUAAAAUACUUCUCUUACUUUUGUAGCUUAUACAUAUAUCUAACUUCGUUACAGGUGCAUUGCAGAGCAACUUAUCAUGCAGAUUUCAGACAGUGUCGGUAUACUUAAGUUGUCAAAAGUUGGUUUUGUUUCAGAGGGAGUGAAUUGGUCCUUGUUAAAACAACUUUUGUGCCACUUCGUGUCCUUUUUAUCCUUUGACCUGUUUCAUUUUAGUACGUGUAGCUAUAUACCAUACUAAAGAUGGGGGCAGAAAACGUUCUGUAUUGGGAAUAAAUCUACAUUGUAUAGUGUUGCUUUGUUGGUCUGAAUACUUCCAUACUAACUCUUCUAGUGUAGUGGUACUAUCAUAAGUUUACAAUACAAAGGCAGAGGGUUCUUAUUCACCUGGAAUGUUUAACCAGACUGAUGGGCAUAAUUCUCUAAAUGUUACGGUAUGUUUAAACCUUAGAGGAGAAUCACAGCUUAAAAGUAGGGUUAUUAUGUGAACUUAAAUUGCAUUGUACUUGCACAGACUAACUCUGGUGUUGCUGUGGAAGUGUAUUUUCUGGGUAGGAGGAGAUUAAGGAAUCAUGGACUGGCCUUCCAGCAACAGCCUAUGGCAUUUUUAUUACUUUUUUUUAGAAAAACUUGGUUCAUGUUUCAUUGUACAGUCACAUCUCAAAUUAAUAGAAUGGCUGUCAGUUUUAUCCUCUCACUAGAAUGUAAAGGGAAUGAUACUAGUAGGUUACAACCUAAGCUUUUGGGGGUUUUAAAAACUGACCUAUCUUAAGCUGCUCUAGUUUUUAAAUGUUACAGAAAGGAAUACGUUAACGUAACAUUUUAAAACCUAUUUGCUGCCGUAUAAACUUGUGACCUUUUUGGAACCACUGUGGUAGUUAUUGGACAUAAGACUCAAAUCUACAGCUGAAGUCCUUAAAACAAAACUUAAAUAUCAGAACUUACAUGUUAGUUUAAAACCCACAAUUGAGAUUCUUGAGAAAAUUUUUACAUUGGUUAAUCUUAAACUACCAGUUGAUAUGUAUAGUACUUGAAGGGCUUGUAUUUUCCCCAGAGUCUGCUUUUACAUCAACCAUAUUGCUUUUUGUUUUUAAACUUGUCCUUUACUAUUCUUCCCAUUAUUUUGUUUGACUGCCUCACUUUGCAAAACCUAGUUUUGUCAGAAAUAGAUACUCAGUUAAUUGGUUUGUUUUAUGCAGAUAUGACAAGUUGCUUUUAAAACUAUGUUUCUGGGUACUGUAUAUGCUCUUUUUGUAGAAAUUGUUACUGGAGUUAGAUAUGCAGUUCUACUCCAAAAAUGAUUCUGUAAAAUUUAAAUAAAAUUAUUGU